GACCUAUACUGUGCUGUGCGCCUGAAGCACUGGCAGUGCAGCCAGGGACCGUCCUGUGGGGAAGGUAUUUUUGCUCUGAAAGGUAGACUGUCGUGCUGCAGCUGGGUUGGGGUCUCCGCGGAGCCGCAGCCCUUGAGGGCCGCUGUCCGGGCCCCGCGUCUGCUCUCUGGGGUUUACUCCCUUGGACACCGCGGGAGCGGUGCUGCUGGAGCGGUGCAGAGCCCGAGCUGAGCAUCCAGCAGAUAUCCCGGGAGCCCUCCCUUCCAACCAGCUGGCUGCCCUGUGCCCUCCCUGCUCACCAUGCAGCCCCAGUCUGUUCUGCACAGCGGCUACUUCCACCCACUGCUUCGGACCUGGCAGACAGCCGCCGCCACCCUCGGUGCCUCCAACCUCAUCUACCCCAUCUUUGUCACGGAUGUUCCUGAUGAUGUACAGCCUAUUGCCAGCCUUCCAGGAGUGGCCAGGUACGGUGUGAACCGGCUAGAAGAGAUGCUGCGGCCCCUGAUAGAAGAGGGCCUGCGCUGCGUCCUGGUCUUUGGCGUCCCCAGCAGAGUUCCCAAGGACGAGCGGGGCUCUGCAGCCGACUCCGAGGACUCCCCGGCUGUGGAGGCGAUCCGUCUGUUGCGUAAGACCUUCCCCGGCCUCCUGGUGGCCUGCGACAUAUGCCUGUGUCCCUACACCUCCCACGGUCACUGCGGGCUUCUGAACAAGAAUGGGAUUUUCCAGGCCGAGGAGAGUCGCCAGCGGCUGGCAGAGGUGGCUUUGGCUUAUGCCAAGGCAGGAUGUCAUGUGGUAGCCCCGUCGGACAUGAUGGAUGGACGUGUGGAAGCCAUUAAGAAGGCAUUGCUGGCACAUGGACUUGGCAACAGGGUGUCAGUGAUGAGCUAUAGUGCCAAAUUUGCUUCCUGUUUCUAUGGGCCUUUCCGGGAUGCGGCUCAGUCAAGCCCAGCUUUUGGAGACCGCCGCUGCUACCAGCUGCCUCCGGGAGCCCGAGGCCUGGCCCUCCGAGCAGUGGACCGGGAUGUGCGGGAAGGAGCCGACGUGGUCAUGGUGAAGCCGGGAAUGCCCUACCUGGACAUCGUGCGGGAGGUGAAGGACAAGCACCCUGAGCUCCCUCUCGCCGUGUACCACGUGUCUGGAGAGUUUGCUAUGCUGUGGCACGGAGCCCAGGCUGGGGCGUUUGAUCUCAAGGCUGCUGUCCUGGAGGCCAUGACCGCCUUCCGCAGAGCAGGUGCCGACAUCAUCAUCACCUACUACACACCUCAGCUACUGCAGUGGCUGAAGGAGUGAUGGAGAGAGUGUGCGAGACCCAAGAACUAGGACUGUACAAAGGUCCCGGGGCCUUGGAGAAGUGAAAACCAAAGUAAAUGCUGCUUUUAGAACUGUGCCCUGUGCCCUAUUCCUGCUCACAUGCUGGCAGGUGCCCAGCAGUGCCAGGUGACUUCUGCCAGCGUGCCAAAUCUCACCACUCGCAGCCACAUCUCCCUGGGUUCCCCCAAGCUUCUCCACCCUCCUCAGGGCCAGCUCUGAAGCCAUCUCUGCCACCGUAGGUCCUUCCUCUGGAGUGGUUUUAGCUAGAAAGCUCCCAGGAGUCACGGGCACAGGUUUGUGAUGCCCGGGAGAGGGGUUUGGAGCGUUAGGGGAAGAGGAAGGCAGUUGGAUCCUCAGAAGCUCUGGAAAACCCAAGGCCUCUGGCAGCAUUGCUGGGCACAGGGACUGAGGCCUAGAUUGACCUGUCCGGGUUCAGAGUUGAGAUUUGCUGUGAUUCCACUGGAAGGCGAUUCUCCCAGGCCAGGGGUCACCAGGCUGCCUGAGAUCUGCUCUACCCGGAGCCAUAAACCCAGAAAAGAGUUACUCUACUGAGCAGAAACAUUGCCUGGGGAUUACAAUGCAGCAGCAAAGAGAGAGAUUCUGAGUGUUGGAGAUGGCCACCACUGAACAAGCUUUUUAUUAAAGAGAUAUUUUUGAGAGCGUACGCGCCACGCCCAGGCACGGUGCCGGGUGCUGAGGAUUGAGCCGGACAGACCUCAGCUUGUCUCUCUGCGUGGAAGCUAUACAAGGAGAAUGGGAGAGACAGACGACAACAAGAAAACAGACAAAUAAAGCAGUCACAAACUCUAAUAAAUGCUUUGAAGGAAAUAAAGGGUCUCAGAUGGAGAAUGACAAAUGGUGGGGGGAAGGGUCCUUACGGCACCAGAAGCCACAAGGAUGACACCAAAUGUGCAAAGAUCCUGCAGUGAGAGGCGCUCGGCAGCACUGCUGGCAGCAGGGUGCGGGGUGCAGGGAGGGACGGGCGACAGGGCUGGAGGUUGGUUAGAAAGGCAGAUCCCGCACCCUUUAGGAAGCUUGGGUUGUAUCUUCCAUCGGGCACAAAGACAACUAAAGGAUCUUAACCAGUUACGCAUGGUCCCGUUUCCCACGCAUGCUGUGCUGCUAUGGGGGAAAUGGAAGGGUGCGGGAAAGCCUGGUUGGAAGGCUACUGCAGACCCCAGGGGGCAAUGGUGGUGGCCUGGACCACGGCGCUGACAGUGGAGGUUAGGAGGAAGCCUAUGAAUUCGGGAGACAUUUUAGAGAAAGAAUUAGCGGAUAUUGCUGGUGCUUUAAAUCAGGGGUGUGGGAGUGGUAGGGGGAGCUUGUCAAGGGCAAGGCAUCGGGAGGAAAUAAGGAUGCCUUCAUGGGUUUCUGGCUGGAGCAACUGGGUGGGUGGUUUCAGUUUUCUUCUGAGACUGACAGGACAUAAGUUUUCCACUCAUGAAAGUCAGGGAGCCAGCCAAGGAGGGACCUGUUUGCAAGUCCACCUGCCUGCCGGCAAAGUGACAGGGACCCCCAACUCCAGGCCCAUAGUAAGCUCAAUUUGGACUGUCAAGUCAUACAACCCAUUUUAAAAAUCUGGAAUGAUAGACUCUCAGCAGCUUCUGUAGUCAGACCAGUCUCUGACUCUUGAUAGUUUCCAGAGCUGGGGCCGACUUCAUUGAAGACGUGAUCUCGGCCUGUGGGGAGGUGGCCAGCCAAAAUCAGGGCUCAAAGAGGCACGGAGCUGGGCCUCCCAGGGGGCCUGAGCCGGAUCUACCACCUGGAGGCCUGACACUGUCAUCAGGUGUGAUGGCUCAGUGUCUCGAGGCUCAGACCAGACCGUAACGUUUAACCAUCUUAAGCUUCUUGGCUUCCUGUCUCCUGGCCCCUGACCUGUGAGCUCAUUUCUAGUUAAAAUGAUUAGUGUGAAGAGGAAAGCUCUUCAAGACCAUCCCAGACUCAUCACUGCCAAUCAAAUACAGGGCCUGGCACUGUUCUAGGCACAGAAAGACAGUAGACAGACACCGCCCUUUGAGAACAGAUGGUCCACAGGAAGCAAACCUCUUUUUGUGUGCAAACCCCCCUCCCCCAACACACGCACGCACACGCACACGCACGCACAAGAGGCAACAUUAAGUGGAAUGAGUUUGCCUGAAAGCCAGGAGGCAUGUGUGUCACCAGUGACGUAGUGCAGAUGCUAUGAAGGCCAUCACCAGAACCUGGCCAGGUUUGAAGGAUCAGAAAAUGCUUCCCUGAGGGGCUGGUAUUUAAGCUAGACCGGAAGGAUGAGCCACCAAGCUAACGUGUUUAGGGAAGAGCAUUCUAGGCAGAGGGAAUCCUGGGGCUAGAAAGAGCUGGCAAACAAGGCUGGUGUGGCUGAAUCACCGGGAAGAAUGGAGAAACCUCCUCCCAAUAAAUGGUAGUAAAAUUAAGGAUCUAACACGACACUAUUCCUAGCUCUGGUAGUGGUGGGGACCAAGGGCCUAAGUUGCCUUCAGGCAUUCUGGUCUAGGUGAGUGGCGCUCUCCUGAGUCGGGACUUGUCGCCGGGGGUGCCAGCCUUGAACCCCCUUCAGCCACCCUGUGUUCUGUCUACAAAGGCAGUGAGUAAUGGCCAGGCAGGCAGCUGGAGGGGUUUGGGUGGCCCUGGGGGAGUCUGGUUCCUCCCCAGUCCCAUCUCCCGGUGCGGACCCUGCUCUUGCUAGCAGCGAUUGUAUCCUUGGGCAGAGAACUCAGCUCCCACAGUUUGCAUGGCCAUUAUUCUCGGGCUUCCCAGCGUCACAGCCGAUCAGUGAGUGUCAAGGGGCCCCUCUUCACAAGACAUUUUCCUAUUCCUCGCUCAGAUGUGCCAGCUUGAACUGGAGCUUGUCUGUUUCUGACAGGACCUUCCUGCCGGUCACAACCAAUAGCCAGCCAUCCUUCCUCUCUUUUUGCUUUUCCAAGAUCCCUAAAAUGACAGCCUCACUGGUCAAAUGGUUGAGGGUCCCACAAAGCAUCAGGCAUGUUAACCAGCCAGUUAAUUACCAAUUUUCCAA